AUGAAGACCGGUGAGUCAAAAUGAUUCCCUUAAAUUAUUAAAAUGGCUUUGAGUACUGAGUCAAAAAUAUAUACAUAUAUAUAUACUUAUUAAGCCUAAAAAGACAUUCUGAUUGGGCUCAAAAAUGACCUUAUUUGAUGUAUCAAGUGCUUUAUCUUUCUUACAGAGAAAGCAAAAAUACUCAGCAACACGACGGCUACAAUUGAAGGUAGGGAUUACAAACCUUCAGUCAAUGUAUGAACAGGAUUAACAGUAUGCUACAUGAUCCAGGGCAGCUUUACUUUUCAUCCGCACUAAUUAUCACCUUACUAUCUUUCAGUCGAAGCUGCUCAAGAAGGCAGCGUCUAUGCUGGUGGCUGAAAAUGAGGAGAAGAAACGGGAGAAAGAAAGAGUCGUAAAUGAGUCCUACCCUCCGCUGAAGCUGUCAGGCCUCUCAGUCCAGGAGCUCCAGGUACUCACACACCUGAUCAUGCUGUUUCAGUCCUUUGGUAUCCCCCUCAGGCCAUCUUCACAGUUCUGAUUUUCUGGACAGGAUCUUUGCAAAGACCUUCAUCAGAAGAUUGAUGUCGUGGAUGAGGCCCGUUAUGAUAUGGAGGUUAAAGUCGGCAGGAAUGAAAAAGAGGUAAAGUUAAACUGAGAAAAUACAAUUUUUUAUGCAUUUAUUUGUUGAUCAGGAUGCUGCAGUUUUUGUGAUGUUUUGCGGCACAGAUCCAGAGCCUGAAUGCAAAGAUCUAUGAGCUGAAGGGGGCGAGGAGACCCAGCUUGAAGAGGGUGAAGAAAACAACAGAUGACAUGCUUGGCGCGUGCACCGACAACUCUAAACUUAUGAAGCCUGACUUUAAAGUCAACCUAAAGACAGUGAAGAAGGAGGAGGAAAAGGUAAAGUUGUUGCUAUGGAUGAACUUUUACAAAUGAAGAGCCUGCCGUUGAAAACCAGUUCAUAUCUGAUCUCUUCUGCAGAGGGAAGAAGUGACUGAUUGGCGUAAGAACGUGGAGGCCUUGUCUGGUAUGGAAGGACGAAAGAAGCUGUUUAAUGCCGGACAAUAAGAAGGUGAAACUAUAGAUGCACACAUUUAAGAGCAAGAGACAUUGACAGACAGAAAGCAGAUCAAAAAGCUUCUUUAACAGUUAUCAUUUUCUGCAGAUUGGGAAUAAUAGUAUCUUGAGGAAUAAAUCCAAAAUCCAUUUACUUCCUGCAAAACCAAUAUUUUAUCAGGGUUUUCAUACCAGCUCAAGUACUAACCAAGUUUCUCUUAACCACAAACAACAAGUUCAGCUUGUGUUUCAAUUCCAAUUCUAUCCCUUUUGUUUAUCUCAUUUUCAGAAUUCAAGACAUGGAAUAAAACUGGUUUUGUAAAGAUUGAUGUCAACCACAGGCGCCUUUAAAAGAUCCAGUCGAAUGCAUCUUUUCAGAUUACACUCAAGUAACAUAAUUUUUAUUAUCUUGGUUUCAUGUAAACUAGUAUUAAGAAAACACCAAUGUCAGUAUGAGUGCAUUGACAUACACUGUAGUUCACAGUAUUCCUAUUUAGUGAUUUUGUGCUGAAGAAAAGGCUCAUGGGCUCCAUGUGCUUUAAAGUGCAGUAUUUGCAUUAUACAGAUGAUGGCACUGUCACACUAUCUGUAAUACACAUGCUGAUGAUUAAACAACCAAGACAAC